AGAUAGACCGAGAGUGAUCCGGUGAAAACUAUAGACAGCUCCUAUUAAAGAGUGAGAGAGAACUACUAGCGACGUUAGAGACUGCCUGGAACAGUGAGUGCAUAUCUCAGAAAACUCAGACGUUUCCCAACUCAAAGACAUAGUCAGCUACUGGGGCAGAAAAAGCUCAUUUCCACUUAUUUUUCAAGAAUCGACAAAACUCCGAAGAAGCCAAAAUGUGUAAAGGAUUAGCUGCCCUGCCACACACCUGCCUGGAGAGAGCCAAGGAGAUAAAGACCAAACUUGGGACCCUCCUCCAGAAGCCAGAUACUUCCAUUGACUUGAUCAUCCCCUACCCUGAAAAGCCUGAAAAACAAACAAAGGCUACCAAACCGUCGGCAGAAGAGAGCUCGCAAUGGAAAGAUUCUCUGGAGAAACUGCUUCAGAACAGCUAUGGACUUUCCACCUUCCAGAACUUCCUGAAGUCGGAAUUCAGUGAGGAGAACAUUGAGUUCUGGAUGGCUUGUGAAGAGUAUAGAAAGAUCAAGUCCCCAGCCAAGCUUGCAGUUAAGGCCAAGAAAAUCUAUGAGGAAUUCAUCCAAACGGAGGCUCCAAGAGAGGUCAACAUUGACCACUUCACCAAAGCAGUCACCAUGAAGAACCUGGUUGAACCAUCAUCCACCAGCUUUGAUCUGGCCCAGAAGAAGAUUUUUGCUCUGAUGGAGAAGGACUCCCUGCCCAGAUUUGUGCGGUCCGAGUUCUAUCAGGAACUGAUAAAGUAACAAUGCGAUCGAGCUGUGCAGUGCACCCCCACCAUGCCAUGAGUUCUAGACAUCAGUUAGCUGGCAUUUAUUUCCCUGCAGCUGCUUUGGUUAAUAACAUUGUUGUAGCCAAGGUUCCCCUCGUUAAGAAGGUGUCUGCAUAGUUCCUAAUACUCAUAAAUGUUAAUGCAAAUCUAACCUUAAGUAGGAAGCUUACUGCUUUUUUCUUAAUUUGUAAUCAAGUCAUUCUUUUUCUAAAUGGUCAUAACAUUUAACCUGAUGUGAAUUUUCAUCUGAUAAAUGAUUCAUCCCAUGAAGGGUUCCACCUAUAAUAAAUAAUCAUAUUGUUCAGUUCUUAAGUGUACUCACUGCAAGACUUUAGAAAAUAAAACCCAUUCUGAAAAUGGGAUAUUUUAAUUUCAGUUCACUAUUUGACCUUGUUGGGUUUACUCAAUACAUGCACAUGGCCCAUGUCACUGCGUCUGGCAAUUGUGCACCGGCAUAUCAGAUUCAUAGUGUAUCUUUGAUUCAUUUUCCUAAUUGCAAUCUGUAAGCGCAUAUAAAAUAAGAAUUUUAUAAUUACAAAUGCUGUUAUGCCGAUGUCCAUAUUGUGAGGCCUGGUCAACUGUUCUUUACAAGCCCUGUGACCUGCACAGACUGUCGCUGCAAGUUAUUCACCUGAAUGUAAUAUUUACCUGUAGGGUCAGGAGGUCCUGCUUCCAGGGUAAAUAUAAGGAGGUUAAGGAGUCGUGAUGUAAGGUUUCGGGAAUGGGUUGUUAAGCUUACAGAAAGGUUUAAGGGGAAUGAAAGGAAUAAAAAGCUCAAUGCAAACCUAUUUGGAGUUCAAUUUAAUGGUGGGUCACAGGAAUUAAAGAAUGCUUCAAUAUGUAUAUACCUUUCUAAGAAAUAUUGAGAAUGAAGUCAGUGACAUAAAUCGAAUGACUAGAGGAAGCAUGCAACAUAAUAAGGCUAGAAAGUUAAUUGUUUCCAAUAUCUGGCAGCCUUAAUGCUUUAUUAUGAGGGUUUUUAAAUGGAUUGGCAAUUCAAUUACUAAUUAUUAAAAAUCAUUCCAUUUGUGUCACAGUUUGGACACAGAUAUUUAAGCAUUCUCUUUGUUAAGGAUAUCCUAAACAUCAGCUUAAGAAAUUCCAGAAAAAGAACUUCCAGAAAUGCAUCUCAAGAAGAAAUAUUUUUUUCUGUGAAUCCUGAAAUCUGAGUAUAUAACUAAAGUACAAGUUAAUCACAGCCCACUUUAAAUAUUGGUGAAUGUCACAGCUUCCAGUGGUUGUCCAUCCAUUAUUAUGGUUGUCCAUCAAGCAGACUUCCUUCACCAUGUACGAUAGUGACCUUGGACCCACAGUUUUACCUUUCAGAUUCUUCAGAAUUCCCAGUAACAAAAGAAUCCCCAGGAAAUAUUAAAGUUUCAGAUCAUGAACAGGGUACUUUGAGGAAUCCUUUCUGUAAGGCAGGCAAAAGGGCUCAGUAAAGCAUUGCAUAUUAUUUUUAGGCUAGGUCGCCACAUGGAAACAAUGUUCAGGCUGUCAUCAUUUUGCAUGUAUUGAUGCAUGGAAUUCCUCUCAUUGUUGUCAUUGAUCAGUACUGGGUAUGGUUUAUCGGCAGAUAGGCAAAUAUGUGACACCCCGUGUGUCAUGCCCAAGCAAAGACAACUAUGUACUCUUUCGAAGCAAACAGUAUUUAUAUGUCAAGUAGGAGGGUCUACAGAAAAAUACCUGUAUUGGGUCUUCACCAGGGGGCAGCUGAACAUAGCAUUUACAAUACCAAUUACAUUAUAUGUUCAACUGCAGACUGCACUCUGCCUGAUUGUUGUCCCCUAAUAAAACAUUUGUUUCUUCUCUGUAAACCACAUGCGUGAAAAAUAAAGAUUGUUUUGCUUUUGAGUGUG